UUUAUGCGAGCCGGUAACGGUAACUGUCAGAAUGCUAAUUGCGCAUUGAAAGUGAUUAGUUUACUCAAUAUGAACAACAAACCGAGUAAAUUCUCUGUAAUUUAAUGUUCCUCUUUUGAAGAAAUUCUUUCAAUUAUCACAAUUAUAUUGUUAUUUAAUCGAUUUAAUACAGUGGAUUACAAAUUCACUUAUCUUGGUUACCUAACCUCACUUUACCAUUUUUUCUCCCUUUUCACUAUUUAUUUGAUCGAAUAAAAGAAAAAAAACGCUUUAUUCGGUGUGUAGGUGAUCAUAUGAAAUUAUGAAGCUGUAGUUGAAAGUAAUAAUUAUCGAUAUAGUGUGAUUUUCGGAAUAUUUGUAAUCGAUCAUAUAUAUGAUUCAGCAAGAUUUCAUUUUUUUGGAUUUUUACUGCAAUGGAUUCAGCAAAGAUAGAAUUUGCAGUUCAGAUGACGUGUCAGAAUUGCGUCAAUGCCGUAAAAAAAAGUUUAUCCAACGUUGAGGGAAUAAAGGACGUCGAUAUUUCCUUAGAGCGAGGAACCGUAGUCGUCGACACGAAUCUUCCAUAUUCAUUAAUUCAGGAAAAAAUUGAGGGCACUGGAAAAAUGGCUGUUCUCAAGGGCUAUGGAGGCAUUGAAAGUUUUAGCGCCGUUUCAAUGUUAGGUGGUAAUUCUGGAUACAGUUUUGGAGAGUCUAUUAAAGGAGUAAUUAGAUUCGCACAAACAGCUAACGGUUGUAUCAUAGAUGGAACAGUUGACGGUUUGAGUCCUGGACCUCACGGAUUACACAUUCACGAAUGUGGAGACAUUUCACGUGGUUGCGAAAGUGUUGGUGAUCAUUUUAAUCCACAGAACACACCUCAUGGUGGACCAGAUAGUAAACCUUCCGAAAGACAUGUAGGAGAUUUGGGAAAUAUAAUCGCAGAUAAUUCGGGUCGAGUGAGAUUCCGAAUUGUCGAUCAGCUCCUAAAAGUGCCAGAAAUAAUUGGCAGAUCGCUCGUAGUCACGGAAAAUCCGGACGAUUUAGGAAAAGGCGAGACUCCUGCCUCAAAAAUUGACGGAAACAGCGGCAAAAAGUUGGCUUGUGGAAUAAUAGCGAGAUCCUCAGGUUUGUUUCAAAACACGAAACAAAUUUGUGCCUGCGAUGGUCUUACUCUCUGGGACGAAAGGGAUCGAAGUAUUUCGGAAAAAACAGAAUCUAGUACGGAUUACAAAAUUUGCAGAGUUUCUUGACAUAAUUUUCUUCUUUUUUAACGCUUUGGAUAAAAGGAUCAUCAUUUUUAAUCAGUGAAUUCUAGUCAAUUGGCAAUAUUUAAUUUUUUUUUUCGUUU